CUCUGGAUCUAAACAUUCACUUAUGCAUGAUAUUACUUUUAAUAGAUGGAUUAAUCCUUUAGUUGGAGGGAUUCCAUAAAUUAAUCCUUUAUUUGAGGAGUGAUUUAUUUUCAUUUCUAUGUUGAAUGAAUUUCAUUUCCUUGCUUGUAAUCUGCUAACAAUUCUGUGUAGUAUUAACUUAACAUAAGAGAGAAUAAUUAUUUUUUUAUCUUCUUGUGUUCCUUUCUUCCUGUAGUCCUUCAAGAUACUACCUGGAAAUAUAACAGAAUAUCAUCCUUUUAUAUAGAGUUCUAUUACUAUGACUUGUUCUGAGAUAUUCCUAUUAUUAUUCCUAUUCUUAUGUUUCUUUCUUGAAUGUUUGGGUUCAUGAUAUGCUCAUGUAGCUGAGAGAAUAUUAUCAUUCGAAGCAUGAGAAAGAAUUCAACUGGGCAUAUUUCUUAUGUUUAGAGUUUCAACGUAAACAUAAACAUUUUCAUGCUGCAUGGGAUUCAUUAUGGGGUGCUGGCUUGAAACUAGAUGUUGUACUGGCACUAUGGAAAGCUGAGUUCUUAAGGAAGGUGAUGCAAUGACGGAUGCUGUCUGGUUCUUGUGCUUCUAAAGUUUUCAUUUCUUACAUGAAGCUUAUUUGGAAACUGCUAUUUUGUCACAAUCUCUUACGAUUUCAAUGGAGAAUUGCGGAAGAUUAUACACCUUAUUCUUGUCAAAAGAUAAUUCAUCAAUUCCUGGUGUUGGGGAUACUUCCCUUUCCGUCAAUUCAGGACAUGUUCCUGGGAAUGGAUGAAGAAGCUUCAUUUGGAAGCACACUCAAUCUCGUAAUCUUCACAAACAAUGGACCAAUACGAGAUUCGUGUCAAUGUGAAUUACAUUUGAUCAGGGUUAUUUCAAUUUGCAAUGAUUCAACAUCAUUGUAGUCCUCUAGGGUAAAGAAAAUCCAGUAAUUUGAAAACAGAUUUGUCAAAUAUAGUGGGUGGGUGAAACUGCAUGUCUAUUUCAUAUAAUUUAAAAUGAUGGGGGUUGUAGCAUUGGUCUUUAUCAAGCACUCCAUUUAUCUUUU